UUCAAAGCCUAAACACCUCUCCGCUUUCCAACUCCAAACGAAACGCAAACAACUUCCCCUUCCACGUCUCUCCCACUGCCAAAGAAACUCGGUUACUGACUCACUCAUAUGCACGCCUGAACUAAACAGUCCAUGAAGUGCCGAUCCGUGGCGUGUAUAUGGCCAGACACACCUCCAUCUCACAAAGUCACCGCCUCCGCCGCACUUAACCACCCACCAACUCUCUACACUGGUGGAUCCGAUGGCUCCAUUCUCUGGUGGAACCUCUCCUCUUCCGAUACCAACUCGGAAAUUAAACCGGUUGCGAUGCUUUGUGGCCAUGCUGCACCGAUAGCUGGUCUUAGCAUCUGUUGUCCCAUGGUGGUUCCGGGAGAUGAUACGAAAACGGAAUGUUCGAGUGAUGGUGAUGGAAGUUAUGGUGCGUUAAUUAGUGCGUGUACCGAUGGUGUGUUGUGUGUUUGGAGUAGAGGAAGUGGACAUUGCCGGCUUAGAAGGAAACUUCCCCCUUGGGUUGGAAGCCCGUGUAUUGUUCGGACAUUGCCUACGAGUCCGCGAUAUGUGUGUAUAGGGUGUUGUUUUAUUGAUGCGCAUGCUCAUUUUUCAGAUCCUCGUUCAAUUGAUUCUUUUGAAGGGGGCGAGGCUUCGGUGGAUAAAGAUCGUAAGCAUGGGAAACAUUCAAAGACUACCGUUGUGAUUGUUGAUACGCAUGGUCUUACUAUUGUACAGACUGUUUUUCAUGGAAAUUUAUCAAUUGGGCGAUUGGAUUUUAUGGAUAUAGUCUUGUUGGGUGAGGAUGGAGAGAAGCAAUCUGUUUUUAUGGCUGAUUCGUCUGGUAGGGUGGAAUUGGUUCCGAUUUUGAAAGAGUCGAAUGCAGGUGGUGAUGAUGGGAGUGGCUCGAGUAAGAGUUCUCAGUUGGAAGUGGUUAAUUGGGGAAAUAAGUUGAGUGAAGGAGGACAGGUUGUGUCAAUUGCAACCCGCGGGGACCUUAUCGCUCUAGUGUUGAAAACUCGUUGCAUAUUUAGGAUAUUGUCCAGCGACGCCUCAAUUGGAGAGAUUUCUUUUGCCGAGGAUAUCCUUUGCGUUGAGGAACAUUCUAAUCAUUCACAUGUUUUGGGGGGCAUGUUUCUUGAAAUUGGUGAUACUGGUGAAAUGCAGAAUGCACAGUAUGAUAAUUUCUUGGGACAUUUUGCUGUGUGGAAUAGAAGAGGUUCUGCUAUUGUAUAUAUUGUAUCGUAUUUGAAUAAUGUAUUUAAAUCUGAAACGCUCUGCGAGAUUCCUUCUUCUUGUCCUGCUGAUGUGAGAUUGUUAUUUUCUUUCAUUCAGUUGAAAAAUUAUCUUCUUCGAAUCGAAUCUGUUUGCUAUGAUGAUGAAGAGCCUUUACGGUGGAAACCCCAUGUCACAAUCUGGUCUCUAUGUCAAAAGAAUAAUAUCCAUGGAAAGUCAUCCCGACAAUGCAAAAUGCUUGGUGAAAGUGAUUUUUUGGCUGAAUGGAUCUCAAGCUCUAGCCUCCAUGAAAUCAAUAGCCAGGGUGGCAGGAAAAUGAGGACUACUUCUUUGCAAAGCUCUUUUCGAAAAGCAAGAACUGGAAAUAAUAAACAUGCAGAUGAUGAAAGUUUUAGUUUUGUGCGCAAUGGACUAGCUGUAUCCUCUUCCAUGGUUAUUUCUGAAAACCAUUUUGUUCCUUAUGCUGUUGUGUAUGGCUUCUUUAGUGGUGAAAUAGAAGUUGUCCGAUUUGAUAUGCUUCUUGGACCAGAUUGUCAUGGUGAAAGUCCAAGUCAUGAUGUAGAACCACCUGUUUCCAGGCAAUGCUUUUCAGGGCACACAGGUGCUGUGCUUUGUUUGGCAGCACAUCGGAUGAUGGGUGCUGCCAAAGGAUGGAGUUUCAGUCAUGUUUUAGUUUCUGGAAGCAUGGACUGCACAAUUCGCAUCUGGGAUCUCGACACUGGAAACCUCAUUACAGUGAUGCGACAACAUGUAGCUUCAGUGCGCCAAAUAAUCUUUCCCUCAGCAUGGACAGAACGUCCUUGGGGUGAUUGCUUUCUCUCUGUUGGUGAGGAUUCAUGUGUUGCUCUUGCUUCUCUUGAAACUUUGCGUGUAGAGAGAAUGUUUCCAGGACACCCAAGCUAUCCUGAAAAGGUUGUGUGGGAUGGUGCAAGAGGUUACAUUGCAUGUCUUUGCUGGAGCCAUUCAGGAUUAUCUGACACCUCUGAUACUUUAUACAUUUGGGAUGUAAAAACAGGUGCCCGAGAGCGGGUCCUUUGUGGAACAGCCUCUCACUCAAUGCUGGAUCAUUUUUGUAAAGGAAUCAGUGUGAAUUCUUUAUCUGGUUCAAUAUUGAAUGGAAACACUUCAGUGUCCUCGUUGCUUCUUCCAAUACUUGAAGAUGGAAACUUCUCUCAAUCUCACUCAAAGCUAUCAGAGAAGGUCAGCUCACCAAGAAUGACGUCAAGCAUGAAAAUCACAAUGGAACCCACUACUUCCCAAGGACAGGUCAAGAAAGGAAUAUUUCCAUCCACGCCAUCUUUUCUACAAAUGAACAAGCAUGCCAUUGGGUGCACUUGCCCGUUCCCUGGAAUUGCAGCCCUGAGUUUUGACCUUGCAUCCUUGAUGUUUUCUUGUCAGAAACAUGAGCCUGCAGCUAAUGGUGGUGUUAAGCUUAAGGAACGGGGAACUAGCAACCCAAGAACCCAUGAUAUGAACUUUGAUGAUGGUUCUGAUAAGAAUGGGACCUCAACUGAUACAGUUGAAGAGCAUGAGUGCAUUAGGUCACAAGAAGAAUAUUUUCUUCGAUUUAGCUUGUCAUUUUUGCAUCUGUGGGAUCUGGAUAUCGAGCUUGAUAAAUUGCUAGUAACAGAAAUGAAGCUAAAUCGGCCAGAGAAUUUGAUUAUAGCUUCUGGUUUGCAAGGUGACAAGGGGUCUUUGACACUGACGUUUCCUGGUUUGAGUUCUAUUCUUGAGCUCUGGAAAUCAUCAUCGGAGUUCUGUGCAAUGAGGUCGCUUACGAUGCUGUCCAUUGCCCAACGAAUGAUUAGCUUCUCUCACUGCAGUUCACCAGCCAGCAGUGCCUUGGCAGCAUUUUACACUCGAAGCCUUGCCGACAAGAUUCCAGAUAUAAAGCCACCUUUACUCCAGCUUCUGGUGAGUUUUUGGCAAGAUGAAAGUGAACAUGUACGCAUGGCUGCGCGCACUUUAUUCCACUGUGCUGCUUCACGGGCUAUCCCAAUCCCUCUAUGUGAUAAAAAAGCAAAUGCUAACAGAGAACUUGUGAGAUCUUUGAGUGAAAUUGGAGAAAAUGAAGGUCAGGUUUCAAAAGUAGUUGGGACAUCUACAAAUGGUUUGUCAUCUGAUAUGUCACCUGAACCACAAGCAAUCUCUCUAGCUGCAGAAUCUCCUGACAAGUCACUGGAAAAACAAGGAAAUACCGAAGCAGAAAGAUUCAAAAUACUUGAUUGGCUAGAAUCAUACGAAAUGCAAGACUGGAUAUCGUGUGUUGGGGGGACAAGUCAAGAUGCAAUGACAUCUCACAUCAUUGUUGCAGCUGCAUUGGCUAUGUGGUACCCUAGCCUUGUCAAACCAAGCCUUGCCACAUUGGUUGCUCAUCCUUUAGUAAAGUUGGUCAUGGCCAUGAAUGAAACAUACAGUUCCACUGCAGCAGAGCUUCUAUCAGAAGGUAUGGAGAGUACAUGGAAGGCAUGCAUUAAUUCUGAAAUAUCUCACCUCAUUGGGGACACAUUCUUCCAGAUAGAGUGUGUAAGCGGUCAAUCUGCCAACACAGCUGGGCAUCAUCCUCCUGUACCAUCUUCCAUUCGAGAGACUUUGGUUGGGAUUCUUCUUCCAAAUUUAGCUAUGGCUGAUAUACCGGGGUUUUUAAAUGUCAUUGAGAGCCAAAUUUGGUCCACUGCAUCUGAUUCACCUGUUCAUCUGGUAUCCCUCACAACUCUUAUAAGGGUUAUGCGUGGUUCGCCACGGCAGUUGUCUCAGUAUCUCAAUAAGGUGGUUAGCUUCAUUUUACACACUAUAGAUCCUGGCAACUCAAUCAUGCGUAAAACUUGUCUUCGAAGUUCAAUGACAGCAUUAAAGGAAAUGGUACGGGCAUUUCCUAUGGUAGCCCUGAAUGACACAUCUACCAGAUUGGCUGUUGGGGAUGCAAUUGGAGAGAUUAAUACUGCUACCAUUUCAGUUUAUGACAUGCAAAGUGUGACAAAAAUAAAAGUCUUGGAUGCAAGUGGACCUCCUGGCCUUCCAAAUUUGCUGUCAAGAACAUCAGAAAUGGCAGUGACCACUGUAAUUUCAGCUUUGAGCUUUGCCCCUGAUGGAGAGGGGCUGGUUGCAUUUUCUGAGCAUGGUUUGAUGAUAAGAUGGUGGUCCCUGGGAUCUGUGUGGUGGGAGAAACUUAGUCGAAACUUGGCUCCUGUCCAGUGCACCAAAGUCAUAUUUGUUCCUCCAUGGGAAGGAUUUUCACCCAAUUCUUCUAGGUCUAGCAUAAUGGCAAACAUAUUGGGGCAUGAUAGCCAGGUCAAUAUGCAGGAGAAAGCUCGGGAUUCAACUUAUGCUGAUAGUUUAAAAAUGUUGAUUCAUAAUCUGGACCUCUCUUACCGACUACAAUGGGUCAGUGAACGUAAGGUGCUUCUUUCAAGGCAUGGCCAGGAGUUGGGAACUUUCCCACUGUAAGCAUUACUGUCAUAUCUUCGCAAACAUCUUAUUCACUUGAAAGGAGAGUUAUUGAAUGAUGCACGUUCUUAUGGACAAAGCUUUGAGAAGGAUUUGCUAUAAAAUCUGCUCUGUGCCACAGUCCCGCGUCAGUUAGUCUCAAGAGUCAAGAAGGAAAGUGCUUCUGUAGAUGGACAGAACAAUUUAGGACUUCUUUCUCAAGAAGGAAAAUGAUUUUCCAGGGCUUCUUAUAAUGUUUCAAGCCUUUCAUGCGCAGUUCUCGCUUCCCAGAAUAUCAACAGUUUAAUUGUGGGUUGAAUCUACACCCAAAUAGACACUUGUUUCACUGUUUCCUAAAAGUAGGUACAUAUCCAGGCAAAAUUCAUAACUGUUAUGUAGUUAUGGUGGGGUCAGAGAGUAGCAACGGGGAUUAAUUUUGCAGUCAUUUACAAAUUCAAUUUUGCUUUAGGGCUUUUGUAUAGGGAUCUUGAAAAUAGAAAACUUGGACAAAGAGAAACACUCCUGUAUCACUAUAACUAAAAGAAUUCAUUUUCAGGAUUUACUUUGCCAGGAAUUUUGCUGGACAUAGCUUGAAGAA